UAAAACAGAUAUAUCUUCUACAAUCGCAAUUAUCAUCAUCACAACAAUUACGUUCAUUAUUCCCACAACCAAUAUUACCAACACUACAAGUGCCUUUUUGUAUUCUACAGACAUCAUCUUUAAUAUUACUGGUGCACCCACUACAACUCGAUCCAAACAAG